CCCUAAUCGGGUGAAGAUCACCUUGUGCUUAGCUUGCAGUCCCGUCUGAAUAUUGUUCCCUCUCCACUCGACUGCUCCAGUGACGGUGGCGGAAAAGAAUUGUGUUGUGUGUGUAUGUGUAUGUGUGUGUGAGUGUGUGUAUGUGUGUGCUUGUCUGUGUAUGUGAGGGAGAGGGAGAGGGAGAGAGCAGGGAUACGGCCUCUUAGCUCAACUCCAUUUCCCCGGUGAGACGAUACCAAGGAAAAGGGGGAAAAAAGCUAUCAACCAUUGCAAACGGAGGAUUGUUAUUUUUUUUUCUUUCUGUCGCCACCCCCCUCCAAUCUAAAAAGGAAAGAUUGCGGAACAUUUCUCGCUUCGCUGGGCGAUGGAUCAGACGUACGGGGAGGUCAACCAGCUGGGGGGCGUCUUUGUGAACGGGAGACCCCUGCCCAAUGCCAUCCGCUUGCGGAUAGUGGAGCUGGCUCAACUGGGCAUUCGGCCGUGUGAUAUCAGCCGUCAGCUCCGGGUCUCCCACGGCUGCGUGAGCAAAAUCUUGGCCCGUUACAACGAGACUGGCUCUAUCCUGCCGGGAGCUAUAGGAGGCAGCAAGCCCAGGGUCACCACCCCGACAGUGGUGAAGUACAUCAGGGAAUACAAACAGGGAGACCCGGGGAUCUUCGCCUGGGAGAUUCGGGACCGGUUGCUGGCGGACGCGGUCUGUGACAAGUACAAUGUGCCCUCGGUCAGCUCCAUUAGCAGGAUCCUCCGCAACAAGAUCGGCAACCUGUCGACCUCUGGUCACUACGAAGCCCACAAGCAACUGACACCCCAGCCCGCCCUGCCUUACAACCCUCUGUACCAGUACUCCUACCCCGGGCACAUGCCCCCCGCUGCUGCCAAGGUGGGCAGCUCCGCCGGCGUCCCAGUGCCCGGCCACGUUGGCAUCCAUAGGACCUGGCCCUCCGCUCACUCCGUCUCCAACAUCCUCGGGCUCAGAAGCAUCGUCGAGCAGACAGCUGUUCACGGUGGAACGGAGACUUCAGUUUAUCAAACCAAAAUGGAAGACUGGAAUAACGCCAAUCGAGCAGCUUUCUCGUCAACUCAAAGUGUCAACGGGAUUGAGAAACAAGCAAUAGACCCGGAUCUGAAAUACCCUCAGCCUCCGUCUGGGCUGCCAGCUGUGAGCAGUUUUGUUCCCGCUUGCGCCGUGGGCCCUUACCCCUCUUCGAACCAAGUGCCAGGUUAUGGAGUGUACAGUGGGCCCGGAGCAGGCUACAUGAGUGGCCAUCACUGGCAGUCCCAGAGCAGCAGCCUCUCUCAAUCGGCAGGGCCCGGGAUUACCAUGCACGGAGGAGACAUCCACGCACCAAUGCCCUUCAAACACCUCUCAGCCAGAGAAGCAGCAGAGAGAAAACCCGUGAGCCCCGUUAAUAAACCCACUGAAACUCUUAGCAGCGCGCACGGCCUCUCAAUCCCAGCCUCCAGCACGUAAAAGACUCGCCCCCCCACCCCA